AGUCGGGAAGUCAAGGGACAAAAACCCCUAACAAUAACAAUCUAGCAGUGCGCACUGACUAACAACGGGAAGCUUUAGAAGUUUGAAAAUGGCAGAAGAACAUAUCCAGUCGAAGCUGAAAACUCUUCUCAAACAAGAGAAGAUUCAGCUUUGGAAUCCUCCUUUCACAACUGGCAACAACGAGGCUGGACAACAACCGAUAAAGGAGUUGGCAGGCAAAUAUGCCUCCAUUGUGGGAUUUUCUGUCUCUGAUGUUGAAACGGCUUUGGAAACUAUCAGAUCCCAGGCUGUCAAGAGAGGCAAAGGAAAUAACACCUACAAGGAAACAUGCGUGGCCACACUGGAGCUCAGUCUGCCAAAGGAAUUGAGAGAGGAUAACAAGAGAAAGAAUUAUUUGGAGACCAGACUGGAUGUUACUGCACAAGAUUUAAUAAACAAGAUACAUGAACAAUAUGGACUCAAGUACAUCAAGUUAAUUGUUAAAGGAAAGACACUGACAUCUGGUAAGAGGCUUGAUGAACAGAAUGUGAAACACAAUGCCAAGGUGAUGGUCUUAAAGCUGAGUGAACCGGAGAGCAUGCAAAUGAUGAAGGAGGAAGAGGAGAGGAACGAAAGCGUGAAGAGGACAGAGAAGGGGUUCCAGAUUCUGUCCGAGAGAGAUGGCAGCGAUGACCCUGAAACCACUCCUUUCCUGGAAAUAGCUGACCAGAAAGGCAAUCCCCUCAGAAUCCCACCCAGUGAGAAAAAGGCUCUGAUCUUGGCCAUGGGCUUCCACGAGAAGGGCAGAGGCUUAAUGAAGAAGAAGAACUAUGAAACAGCACUGUGCCAUUUACUGCAAGCUGACCAACAGUUCAGUAAGUGUGGCUCCGUUCUGCUGAACACUGUGGACAAUUAUGCAGUGCUGCAGCUGGACAUUGUGUGGUGCUAUCGAGCCCUCGGGGCCCUGUCCCACCUGGAAGACAGCAAACAGAGGCUGCAGAAAGCAGAGGCCUGCUUCCUCAGGUGCUACGGAAAGCAGAAAGAGAGGCUCCUGCAAAUCAAGGGGAACACGGGACGGGAGGAAGUGCUUUUUCUGAGACUGUACCUGCUGCAGAGUUUGCUGGCAUACUUGGAAGGCGAUGAAAAAGUGGCCACGGAGAAGUUAAAUGAGGUGGAGGAUCUGUAUGGGCGCCUCUCCUUGGACCCCAACAAAAUGACAGACCUGAUGAGCCUGGGUUACACUGAGCAGGAGGCGCGGCUUGGCCUGAGGGCCUGCCAGGGGAACAUCAAUGAUGCCGCCCUCCACAUCAGCCAGAGGAGAAUGGAAAAGGAGGAGAUGAAGCAGAAGGAGAGGGAGAAGAGGAGAAGGCGCCUGGAGGCUAUUAACACCCUGGCAGAGCUGGGCUACUCCAAGAAAGCCGCGGCAAAAGCACUCCACCAGACCGAGGGGGAUGUAGACAAGGCUUUCCUGGUUCUUCUGGACUCGGGCCGUCCUGGUGGGGCUGCUAACAACAACGAGGGAAAUGAUUCUGACCCGGACAGACAAGGCAAGAUCGAUCAGUUGGUGUAUCUGGGCUUUGAGCGGGAGACAGCCGAGGCGGCUCUGAAAAUUACCAAGGGCAAUGUCCAGCUGGCCUCUCAGUUAAUACAGGAACACCACGGCACUGUGCCACCAGAACUUCUGUCCCCCUCACCCCCCUCUUCACUGUCUGAGGAGCCCAGCACCUCCUCAGAGUCAGCAGGGUCUGGGGGAAGUGUAGGGGAAGAUCCCAUGGAGGUGGACCUAGUGAAUGAGGUCCUAGAGGACAUCCCCAAACAUGAGGAAGAUUACCUGGACCUCACUCUGGAGGAAGAAAGCGAGGUCAUGGCUGAGAUGAGGUCAUACCUCGAGAAGUACCAAACGUCUUCGAGCUAGACAUUGUCCAGUCGUUUGGAAAUGGACACGUGUCAAACUCUGGUCUCAUGAUGGUUCUACAUGCGAAUUUGGUUUACUCACCUGACAGGAUCAUAGCAGCACCUAUUUAAAUCGCAAAGCCUGGAGAUGUAUUUAUUGUAGAUCUCAGCGCCCGAUCAACGUUAUAAUUGAUGGCUAAAACAAACAAACAAAAUCUUAUCUCCACUGCCCAUCUGGAACCAAGUUUGACACUUUCAUUUUCAUGCUGCAGAUUCUCUGGUGUUUGGUGAUGCACUUUACCCCAGCAAUCAGAAUGUUUCACUUUCAAGUCUCUAUUUUUGCAAGUUUCAUACAUUGAUUAUACAAUGCACAUUUAUGUAUAAUUCUCUAAAAUGAAGUACAUUGAUAGUUUUGUUCCAGCUUUAUUUUUGCCUCAGACCAGAGAAUAAUAUGGUGAUAACAUUUUUCAUCUGAAUUAUGAAAUUUAUGUUAUAGCUAUAAUUGCUUACAGAGGUAUUCUUUUAUUUAUGCGUCUUUACUUUGGCAAUCUUUUGACAUCCAUUUAUGUUAUGAAGUUUAAUUUUGACAUAAUUUCAACAUGCCCUGGUCCAUGGUGCCAAAUGCAAAGUUCAGGUUGGUCGUCUUCUUUCUUCUAAAUUGUUGGCAGCUUAUUUGAAAGACAAUGUUUUUUUUUCUGGAAAUACAGUAAUAAA